AUGGCUAACCCAAGGCUUUUGAUGGCGGAGAUCAUGUCAAAGCCAAACAAAUCCUCCGUCGAGAGAAAAAUGAUCAGGGCGGAAAGUUGCCAGGUCAACGGUUUCGAAAAUCUCGGGUUGUUCGCUGCUGCUGUGCUUGCAGGGAACUUUGCCCGCCUGCCACACGGGGAACUCAACAAGCUCACCCUGGCAUACAUUCUCAGUCGAGCCGUGUUCAACUUGCUCUACAUACAUAUCGAGAACGAGAAUUUAGCAUACUGUCGCACCGGAAGUUAUGUGGUUGGCCUCGGCAUCGUAUUUCAUCUUGCCGACAUGUAUGGCAGUCCCUAUGUCAUUGCUUCGAUCGCCGCGCGCUUGCCACCGACUGAAACCGUCUCGGUCGCGUCUGACAUGAUCGUAGAGCUCGCAGCACUGCUGCUCAACUGCGUUGUGCUUGCGCUAUGGCCCUUCAAGCUGGUCUGGUGGUCCAUCGGCACCGAUCGAUCGUACGGUCUUCUUUCAAAGUCUCAGUCAGAACUAUCUGCUGCUUUCGAGACGCUUCCUUCGCCCUUGCACCAUGAGCUCAGCGGGCUCCAUCCAGGACGGAUCUUUGGUUUCCACGGCUUGAACGCUGUCCCAGCAACUGCGAAAAUCUUAUUAUACAACAUCAUUAACAUGGUCAGCCCUUGGCUCGGUAAAAAUUUCGAAGAUGGAGGAGGGGCAAACGCCUGGAAAUUCCUCUCCGCCAUCUCCUGCCACUUUGGCUGGUACGAGUUCGACAGAAUGGAAUCAGGUAGCGACGAUCCACUGCAGCUCAACUACAACACUAGAAGAAAUCCGGCCUUCAUGCGUGCGAUCCGUGGAGAGAUCAAGCUGCUGCAACCAGGCAUCUAUCUAGCAAGAAUGACAUACGUCACCAAGAAGUCUGCAAUCACUCUCCUUUAUUUCGUGUUGGAGGCGCCGAGUGUCGAUGGAGAACUGGCCAUGGCGACCGAAGAUACGGACCCUCACCCAGGGCGCUUUCGAGAACGUGACGAAGCAGCACAAGGUCAUCCGACUCCUUCCUUUUCGACCAUCAUCGUCGGCAGCGGUUUUGGCGGUGCUUCUGUUGCAUCGACUCUCGUAGAAGGCGGAAUGGAAGACGUUUUGGUACUGGAACGAGGGCCGUGGCGGAAGACAUCGCAAAACAUGGCCAUCCCAACCCACGCGCUCGCACCUCUGCCUCAAGGCUGGCACUUCUUCUCGUAUUUGAUCCAUCGCGUCUCGAAUCGCUUUUUGCCGAUACGAAUAAACCGGUACGGGCUCUUCGACAUCUCGCUAGGCUCUGAUCAGAUCGUGGUUGCUUCUAACAGUGUCGGAGGAGGAAGUAUCGUCUAUUCUGCCAUGAACACGAAGCCAGACGAUCCUGGCUACUGGCACAAAGCUCUUUCAAGGCCCUUUGCGGACAAGUUUGACGAACACUACGACUGGAUAAUGGCCAAGCUGGGGUCCAGGGUUUCCACAUUCGAGGACGAACUGCCGAAUUGGCUACCGAAGGUCUUCGAACGAUCUCAAGACUUCGUGGCGAGUUUGGAAAAGCAAGUGCCCGUUUCGAUAAAACAUGAUCGAGAUUGCAAGGACAACAGUUUCCUCGGGUCGAACAACGGCAGCAAAAAAACGUUGGACCAAGCACUGCUGGUUCCAGCUAUGGAGAAAGGUCUUUCAGUGUCUGCCUUGACCGAAUGUAUCCGAGUCAAAAAGCAUAUCGAUGGCAAGUUUUCUGUACAUGUUCGGCAUCACACUGGACUUGGGUAUGACCAGGUCUAUACUGCCGAUAAUGUCGUCCUGGCAUCAGGAACUAUGAACACCGUCAGACUCUUGUUCUGCAGUCGCCAAGAUCUAGGAAAUCCUGCUAUCCCCGCCUUGGGGACCGGAUGGAGCUCGAACGGCGAUGUCGUGGCUCUUUGGAAGCUCGAUGACACCUGCAAUGAUCUGAGCCUGGGACCUCCGAGCCACGGUCGGUUCACCCUUAAGGACGGGGGGGAGCAAUCAAGCGGCCAUAUCUUUCGUCUUGGAUUCAAUGGAUUUUCACAAGUACCGCUGCCGAGAUUCCUCAAAAACUUCUUUCGCCGGAACGCAUUACUCCUUGGGAUGGAUGCUGACCGAUGCCAGGGUAUGCUACGUCCGUCUUCGCACUCUUCGCAUCUCGAUGUUCAGUACAAAUCGACGCAAGAAGACGCCAUUCCGAGGAUUCGUUCCCUAUUCAAACGCAUCGCACGUAUUUCUGGCAAAGGUGUCUGGCACCUGCCAUUCGCGAAUCAGGCAUUCACUGUACAUCCGCUCGGUGGAGCAAGGGUGGCUGACAAUCAGGAGUACGGCGUUGUGAACGAGUUCGGCGAGGUUUUUGGAGUCAAAGGUCUGUAUGUCGCUGAUGCCGCAGCUCUGCCAGCAGCCACAGGCACCCCACCGAGUAUGACCGUCGCAGCCUGGGGGAGGCAUGUGGGUUUACAGAUGGUCCGACGGCACAUUAAAGUAGACCCUAUGAUACGGAACGAUGUAACCCGAGUUUCAGCUUCUGAAGUUUCUUUCUCUUCCAGUGAGCUUCACUAG